AUGGAACGCUUCAUUUUUCUGAUAUUAUCAGCAUGCGUAGCGAUAUUUCACUUCGAAACGAUAGAAGCUGACACUGUUUUAUCAGCAGUGUUGACCCCAGCGGAUGAUAUAAAGCUCAUCAGACAGUCCCGUAGCUAUUAUGACACACGGUACGGCACCGGCCGCCCCUACGAAAGGCUUGAGUACGACCGGCCUUCCCGUUGCGGACGCUGUCAAGACGACAGAGACGAUGACGACUACGAUAGACGCCGGGACAGAUUCGAUGACGACAGACGAGGAAAUCAUAAACCGACAUACGGUAACAGAUACGACAGAAACAAAGGCGAUCAAGACGAUGACGAUAGAAGAUAUAGCACCGAUAGAACUAACACAAAGAAUGGAACCGAAGAUGAAGCUAGUAAAGACAAGAAUCAAUAUGAUGAUAAAGAUAGACGGCCGUCAUCUGGAGGCAGGAGAGAUAGAGAUAGAGACAGGGACAGGAAUAGGUACGAUGACAGAGAUAGAUACAGGCCCGAUUAUUACGAUAGAUUCUUAGGGGACAGGUACAAUAGAUACGAUAGAGAUAGAUAUGACAGGCCAGCGUACGAUGACUCCUAUAGGGAAAGAAGACCGUUGUACGACAGGUACGAUGAUGGUUAUGGCGAUAGGAAUACCGGUGUCGGUGGUCGAUUUGAUGGUUACGGAUACGGAACUUAUAGACGACCGGCGUAUGCAGACAGAUACGAUAGAGUUGGGGCGUACGAUGACUCGUUCGGUGGAUACGGACCUGGUGUCGGCAGAGGCCCGCAUGACAGUUUCAGGCCUUGGGAUGAGACUUACCGCGGGCAGGCUGGUUGGGACGCGGGCGGGCGCGGGUACUACUUCGCGUCAGGUCGCCCUGACGCCGCCCCUGCGCCUUCUACAGCGUGGGGUCGCCCUGAAUAUGCUAGACCGCAAUAUUCAGAGAGCGGUUGGCAGAAUGUAGGCUACACCACCGGUUACCGGGACCCGCUGGAUUAUCGGGGGACAGGCUACGACAACACCGGUUACCGGUCCGACCUCAGUUCCGGUUAUGGACAAAACACCGGCUGGAGGAAUGUCGGCAGACCUUACAGGGAUGAAAGUGGCAUCCCAAAAGGGGACGAUCGAGACACCCGCCAACCGAGUGCAUAUGGUCAAUACAAUCAGCAAGUCAAUCGCCAACCUAGCUACGACCAACAAGUCAACCGCCAACCUAGCUACGAGCAACAAGCCAACCGCCAACCUAGCUUCGACCAACAAGCCAACAGGCAGCCCAACUACGGCCAACAAUCCAACAGACAGCCGAGUUACGGCCAAGCUUAUGGUCAACCAGCAAGCGUCGCGUACAGCAGCAGUACUACCCAAAACACCAACUACUUAUUUGAAAGAGAGGACGACAGGGUAACCACAAAGGUUACUGAUAAUUCUACGAAAGCUACUUCAUCAUAA